AUGAAUUCUGAAGAUUGUUCUGCAACAGAGACCAGCUCCUUGCAUCUGAAAAGAGCACAACAAAAUAAUGCCACCAGGCUUCAUUUUGCGGCAUAUCAUGAAGGGUCCAUUCAAGUUCCCAUCCCAUGUGCUGUAGUGAACGUGGUCUUCAUCACCACUCUAAUCAUAGCUCUCGUUGCUUUAUCAGUGGGCCAGUACAACUGUCCAGGCCAAUAUAUGUCCUCGGUGUCACCAAACACCCAUGUUUCUUCUUGCUCAGAUGAUUGGAUAGUAUACCAGGGGAAAUGCUAUCUUAUUUCCAAGAAAACAAGGAACUGGACUUUGGCCCAAAACUUCUGCUCCAAACACGGUGCCACUCUUGCUGUCAUUGAUUCUGAAGAGGACAUGAUCUUUUUAAAACAACAUGUGGGUAGAACUGAACACUGGAUUGGGCUGAAAAAUGAAGCUGACCAGAUGUGGAAAUGGUCAAAUGGCAAAAAAUUUAAUAACUGGUUCAACCUUACAGGAUCUGAGAACUGUGCAUUUCUGAACAGCACAGAGGUCAGCAGCACAGAAUGUGAAAAGAAUUUACACUGGAUAUGUAGCAAACCCUCCAAAUAA